AAAGAAGAAGAGAAGUGGGAACAAGAACAAAAGAGAAAAGGAUUGGUGGGGAUCAAAGUGCGCACUAAAAGGAAAGAGCAUUAAGAUCAACAACUCAUUAUAUUCAUAAAUAUUCUGUUUCUGAAAAUUCUUGAAAUCCCAAGAAACCAAAAACACAACAAAACAAGAAACUAUAUUAUGCACUUUGUUUUGUGGGCCCAUUUCUUCCAUAGCCAAAGAACUAUCUCCCACCUCAACACUCUCCUCAUCAUCUCCAUCAAGAACCAACUCUCUCUUUCUCUCCUCUCUUUCUUAGUCAUUAACAUUUGCACCCAUAAUAGACCACCUCUCAUUUCAUUUCACUUGUGAUAAUAUUGGUUUUCUUUUCAAACUGUUCUCUUUCUUCCUUUGUUUUGCUUUUUACUGAUUUGGGUUUGGUGCACUAGAGAGUUUUAUGAUUAUGUCUUUCUUUUGCUUCAUUUUUUAUUGAUGGGUUGUUAUUGCUGGUGAAGAAACAAUCUUUUUUGGUUUUUAUUUAUUUUUUAAGUAUAUAUUUGUAAUGGGAAAUUGUUGGUGUAGAUGGGAGCCUUCAAUAUACAGAGUCUCAUCAAAUGCAAAAUCAGAGUCUCCAAAAUGUGAGAGCCCAUCACGAAAACCAAGAAAUGAUGAUAGAAAGCUACCAUCAAAUCCUGAGGAAGUAGAAGACCUACGUCGCGAUUCAGCAGCGAAUCCAUUGGUUGCGUUUACGUAUGAUGAAUUAAAGAUAAUCACUGGAAACUUUAGGCAAGAUCGCUUGUUGGGUGGAGGAGGAUUUGGAAGUGUUUAUAAGGGAUUCAUUACUGAGGAAUUAAGGGAGGGACUUGAGCCCCUUCCAGUUGCUGUAAAGGUUCAUGAUGGUGAUAAUAGUUACCAAGGCCACAGAGAAUGGCUGGCAGAAGUCAUUUUUCUGGGGCAGCUUUCUCAUCCAAAUUUGGUGAAAUUGAUUGGAUAUUGCUGUGAAGAUGAACAUCGGGUUUUGAUAUAUGAGUAUAUGGCUCGGGGCAGCGUGGAAAACAAUCUAUUUUCAAGAGUGUUGCUUCCUCUUCCAUGGUAUGUUAGAAUGAAGAUUGCAUUUGGUGCAGCGAAAGGACUUGCCUUCCUCCACGAAGCUGAAAAACCUGUUAUCUAUCGUGAUUUUAAGACGUCCAACAUUCUACUUGAUGUGGAGUAUAAUGCCAAGCUGUCUGACUUUGGUCUUGCAAAAGAUGGACCUAUGGGAGACAAAACUCAUGUUUCUACACGUAUAAUGGGAACUUACGGCUAUGCAGCACCUGAAUACAUAAUGACAGGCCAUCUAACUCCUAGAAGUGACGUAUACAGCUUUGGUGUUGUUCUUCUUGAGCUUCUCACAGGCCGAAAAUCAUUAGACAAAUCACUACCAGCUCGAGAGCAGAACCUUGCAGAUUGGGCUCUCCCUUUGCUGAAAGAGAAAAAGAAAAUACUCAACAUUAUCGACCCAAGAUUAGAGGGAGACUAUCCUAUUAAAGGAGUCCACAAGGCAGCAAUGCUAGCUUAUCAUUGCUUGAACCGAAAUCCAAAAGCAAGGCCUCUAAUGCGAGAUAUAGUUGAUUCCUUGGAGCCUCUGCAGAUUCCUGAAGAAGCUUCAAAUGGGAAGUCUGUGUUUACUGUAAUUAGUGUAUCAGAUGGUGAAAUAAAAAGAAAAGAAGAUUCACUGUAGCUUAAACUUGUCAGAUUUUGUUAUAUUAAGUUUCCUUCUCAGUGCAGAAGGAGAGAUUUUGCAUUAGAUAGCUUUUCCUGUGUGUAUCUAAUGCCUUCCACCUUUUUUUCUUUUCCAACUUUCUUCUUUGUGCUCUUUCCUCUUUACUGAAGCUCAAACAUCAUUAAGAUAUAUUCUAUCUACUGAAUUGUUGUAAAA